AUGGUUUUUUUCAGAGAAAAAAUGCCGCUGACAACUGGUAACCAGCUGACCAUUGAAAAGAGUCCAGCCUAUUUCCACAGCAAGACGGCCGCGGAAGCGAAUUCGAGCGUUGAAUCCUGCGAUGAAGAUCAUAGUUGUCGUAAGGGAUCCAGUCAUGAGAGCGAUCUCAGAUUACACGCAGGCGUCAUCAAAGCGAAAAGCUUUCGGGACGAUGCCUUCGUUCGAAGAUAUGGCUGUGGGCGAUUGCGCGCCGUGGCUUCAAAACAAACUGUUCCUCGAAAGUCGGCGGGGUCAAUGUCGGAUGGGGAGCCAUUCGUAUUGGACUUUAUCAUAACACACAUGAAAAGGUGGCUGGACAACUUUCCAAUGGAGCAGAUCCACAUUGUAGAUGGCGAACGGCUAGUCACACAGCCAGCCUUGGAGGUCAGCCAAACGGAAAAGUUCCUUGGUCUGCAACCAGUUGUAAAACCGGAACAUUUCGGCAUCGAUCCAGUCAAAAAAUUCCCAUGUGUUCGCCGCCCUGAUGGAAGUCUUCAUUGUCUUGGGAAGACGAAAGGCAGGAAACAUCCGCAUGUACGAUCAGACGUCCUUCAACGACUACGUCGGUUCUACGCGCCUGAAAAUCAGAAGUUCUUUCGAAUGAUUAAUCGAUCGCUUGCUUGGUAG